AUGCAGCGGCUGUUCAUUCUAGUGAGCUUGGUACUUGGUGUAUCAGCACAGACAUGGUGCGGCAAGCACUAUAUGGCAUCAUCCCCCAUCGUCCCACCAGGUGGAUUGUUCCCUAUACCCGCUGUUUCCAAAACGCCUCUUCUUGCUCUGCGUUGCUCGCCAGCUAUCAGACCGUACCUAGAAGAGGACGCCAACUCGGAUUCAGAUGACGUCGCUAUUCUAAUUGACACGCCUGUCACUUUCUCUGAGAUAGCAAAUGCAGCGCCAAUCAGCCUUCCCCAUCUCAACGAUCUUACCUCUACCUCGCUUUCAGUCACCGUUACAGUCGAUGGGAAGAAACUCGCCAGUGGAAAUGUACCUCUCAACGCGACAAAACACGCACUACCAUUCAAGCUAUCCGCCUUGAAACCACAGACCAAGGCGUUCAAUAUCUCAUGUACCGCGACUCUCCAAUCGCAGAAAUUUGAGGCUUCAGGAUCGCUGAGCUUCCUUCCCCCUCCACCUGCUGAUAUUGGAUCGGUGACGAAGAUGGAUUUGAGAACCGGAGCAGUGUUGGCUCGGCCUGCAACUGGAGAGCCCGGUCCAUUUGCGCCAGUGUUCCCGAUUGGUUUCUACACAGACUUUGGAGGUUACUUGGUGAACGAUUUCACCAUUCCGUCUCAGUUGAAGGCUCAAGGAUUCACUGUGGUGCACCCCAUUCCAUCGUUUGACAACUUGACCGCCCUCGACAUUGUACUAGACAAAAUGCAGGAAGCUGGUUUGUACUUGAUGUACGACAUGCGAUUGGACUACAUGAACGCGACUGCAGUAACCGAACAAGUCAACCGUAUCAAAUCGCGACCAAACCUACUACUCUGGUACACAGGCGACGAGCCUGACGGCACAUCCGACCCUCUCGACGCCACCCUCAAGUCGUCCAACCUGAUCCAAUCCUUGGACGGAGGAGACGGUUUGGGAGGUGCAGGCUACCACCCGGUGUCCCUGGUCCUCAACUGUGAAAACUUCCAUUACACUGAUUAUGCCAGUGGUGCAGACAUUGUCCUGCAGGACACGUACAUGAUCGGCAACAACGUCACUUUUUCGUCUCAGUGGGGUACCGUUUGUACACCCGACUACGGUGACUGCGGAUGCGAUAAUUGCAAAGGAUCAUUUGAAGAUAUAUCCACGAGAAUGGACGAGUUCAGGGAACGCAACUUUAUCAACGGAUGGGAACGUACAAAGGCUGUGUGGACUGUUCCUCAAGGAUUCGGAAAUGACACCUAUUGGAAGCGUUUCCCAACGGGCCAAGAAUUUGUCGUUGAAAGUGUCGUUGGAAUCAACCACGGUGGUCUAGGCGUCGUAUCAUGGGACGACCCCACAACACCCGACAUCAAAGCCUCCGCAUCUCUCCUCGCCCAAUCCCUACCCAAAAUGACCCCCUUCAUCCUCAGCCCCUCCGCGACCUUCCGCCAAAUUACCAUCAACCGCGUCGACAUCGGCCUAUGGACCGUCGGCCCCAAGACACUGGUGCUCGCGACGAACAUGAACUACUUCAGCACCUCGGUCAGCUUGCAGAGUCUGGGCUUGAAGCCGGUGGGGCCUCCGGGUUCCGUCACGCAGGUGUUGGAUAGCGGUGCGCGGACGGAUGCUGCGCGGACGCAGCUCUUGUUUGAUUCUGUAGGCACUGGCGCGUUUAUUGUCGGGAAUUAA